AUGGUUACGGCUCUUAUAAAUAUUGAAGGAGAUGAAACUGUCACCUCAACAACAACCACAGUUUUACCAGGUGAAACAGCUUUAGCAACUACCAAAUGUUCAGCAGAAACUUCAAUUAUAAGAACAACCACAGAAGGAACCUUGAGAUCAUCAGAAAAAUCCACCAUGCUUCUGAUUCAUCAGCCUCAGGGUGUUCCUUUUACUCUGCCAAGCACCCACUUGGGUUCCAGUUACACAGAACCAUUUUCUGAAGAAGAAUUUACUGUAAAACACCCAAUUCUAGGAUUUGGCGAACCCGUGGAAAGUCUUGAUAUCUCUCCAGAGGGUGUUCCUGCAGCCAGCAGUUUAGAAGAGGUUUUUCAAUCUGACUUAACACCUGUAUCAACCUAUGUGGUACCGACGACAUCUUGUUUUGAAUAUAGAGAUAGAUCCUCACUGACGGGUACCGUUGCUGGAACCCUUCCAAGCUUUCAAGAAACUUAUUCCCCUAGGCUUAACCAUGACAUAAUACAGCCACACGCUUUUUCGUUCAUAUUUGAAAAUAUGCCAUUACAGAAAUUAGACUCUCAUGACGUAACAGAGAAAGCAGUAAGUCUACAACCCAAAACGUCAUCCGUUUCAACUCAACCCUCACAACUGAUUGAGCUUUCCAACACGACGAAGUCAGAUGUUUCCUCCUCUAUCUCUCCAGUCUUUCGGCUCAAGCAGUCUGAAUCUGGCACUAACGUACCUCCUAGUUAUCCUAGUUUACUCUCAACAGAACGAAAAACGGUCUCCUUUACAGAAAUUAAGUAUCUAAAACUCCAAGAAAUCCUACCCUCCACGUCUUCCUCUGAUGCCUUGAAAAAGCCUUCAUUACCUAAAAGUCCUACUUUCAGCAUUCAAACGAAUCAGUUAGCUGUAGAAACAUCUCUUCCAACAGAAGGUAUAGAAACUUCACCAUCAACUAGUGCGCCUUCCCAGAAAACAAGAAGAUUUUCUCUUACAAUUCCCUGUUCCUUGGCUACUCAAUCAAGUCAACCACCCAGUCAUCGCACUCACUCUUCCACAUCGACCCCCACGACUAAAGAGCCCGUUCCUUCUACCUCUCAGUGCUGUGCGGUAUGUGGGGACAAUGCUAUUUGUCAUCAUUAUGGAGUUCUGACAUGUGAAGGCUGUAAAGGGUUCUUCAAGCGGACUGUGCAGAAAGGGGCUAAAUACAGCUGUCUCAACAACAAAGAUUGUCCGGUAGACAAACGAAGCAGAAAUGUAUGCCGGUUUUGUCGGUUUCAAAAGUGUUUGACUGUUGGAAUGGUGAAAGAAGUGGUAAGGUCAGACGACUUGAAAGGGCGCCGUGGUCGUUUACCAUCGAAACACAAAAUCCAACAGAAGUCCCCAUCAUCGCCGCCUGUCAGUUUCAUUACAUCAUUAGUUCGAGCCUAUAUAGAUACAACCCCUGAUCUUGCUAGCCUUGACCAUUCUCAGUGUAGAGAACCCUCAGCUGGUGAAAACCGACUCACAGAAACUGAACAAAUUCGGCAGUUCAUUAAUGUGAUGACGUCAUCCUUGGAGAUUAUUCGCACCUUUGGGAAGAAGAUUCCAGGUUUUAGGGAGUUAAACAGGGACGAUCAGCAACUUCUGUCUCAGUCAGCUAGUCUUGAACUUUUUGUUUUUCGACUAGCAUAUCGUAUGAAGCCGGAUGACCAUAGCUUAACAUUUUGUAAUGGAGUGGUUCUACAGGAGGAGCAGUGUCGUAGUGGCUUUGGUAACUGGCUGGACUCAAUCGUGGGCUUCUCCAGGAGCUUACAUGGUUUAGAUAUAGACGUGUCUACCUUCGCCUGUCUCUGUGCCUUAGUCUUAAUAACAGAAAGACAUGGACUAAAGAGUUCCUGGAAAGUGGACCAACUACAAAUGAAAAUUGUUGAGGUUCUGCAAGAACAUAUAUUUCAUACCAUCACAACUCAUAAGAGAACAAGUUACUUCUCUCAGAUUAUUGCUAAACUCCCUGACAUUCGCUCUUUAAGUAUUCAAGGACUUCGUCGGUUAUCUUGCUUAAAACUUCAAGACUCCACGCUUUUAUCACCGCUUAUUGACAGAUUACUUGAGUCCGGAAUUCCUUUCUAA